AUGGCACUUACUGGCGACGACGAGGACGACGACGAGGAUAUUGUUCGUUUGCAUCACGCUUCCUCGCUCGGCAACAUCGAGGCAUCUUCGUCACAGUCGGCCACAAAUCUAGCAGCGCGAAGUUACGAUUCUGAAGAUGAAACCAUGGGCAGGAAAAAAGGACGUCCUUUCGACACGGGACCCGGUUCGAGGCCACCCGUUUACUCGAAGGGAGACAUCCGCGAACAGUACUGCUUGACAGACAGACAGCUCAGCUCGAUAGAACAGCCACGGCGGGAGCGCUUUUUCGGCUGCUGGUCGGGCCGUAAUGCACCGCAGUCUUUUCUGGGGGUGUGUGUCGGCCGGAGAGCACCGUCGGAUGAGAAUCUUGCCGACUACGCACCGAUCCAGCGGUAUCCCAGAUACAUUCAACCGGGACCGAUUACGAAAUCCAUCCUGCAGCAGUACGACGAUGAGUUGGACAAUCCGUACUUCCGACGGAAACCGACUUCCUUUCUAGCAGGGAGCGCUGGCAGUGGGGUAGGCUCGAUGGUUACGGGAAGCAGUGUCACACUGCCGGCGGGAGACGUGCGACGCUGUACCUGGAUGCCUUUGGACGACGAUGCCGUUCGGAUAGAGGGCCCAAGACUGUAUCGGUGUCCAGCACAUACGGACCUACCGCCGGCUCCACCGCCACCACCACCACCCAACAUUGGCCUUAUCGACGGCAUGGCAGGCGGACCACCAAGGACCAAACACGUCAGUUUCGCCCGAUCCUACACACUGACAUCGUUCGACGAAGCCAUGGGUGGCCGGCCACGGUUGGCGGCAGCCAGAAGCCAAGAAAGACUGAUAGGCGGUAAGAAGCCAACAAUUACGCUGUCCCAGCAGCAACCGACCGCACAAUUCGGCACCCCCAUGCACUCCAUCCUGCAGCAACCGACUCACCAACCGCUGCUGGUUCAGCAAUUGCAACAACAACAGCAGCAGCAGCAGCAGCACCAGCAAAUGGUCGGCCAACCACAGGUACCCUCCAUUCAUCAGCACAUACACACCCACCAGCAUCUGCAGCACCUUCAACCGGUUCAUCCCGGUCAGCUCAUUAGUCAGCAUCAGCACCAGCACCAGCAUCACCACCCGGUGGUCGCACCUCAGUCACAGCAGCAACAGCAACAGCAGCACCAUCAAGCGCCGGGAAGUGGCUCUCUGUUGGUUCCUCCGACGCCUCCAAUCGGCAGUACCGGCCAACCGGAGGUCGUGGUGGUGGAAAAAAUAAAGCGAAGUGCCAUGAAAACGCAAGCAACUCAAACGGAGGUCUACGUCGGCAAGAAACCAGCGCCACCCCAUCAUCUCUCGUUGAGUCCUCGGACGGUGCACAGGGUAAAAAUGGUUUCACAAGGAGCACAAACGAAUGGUGGUCUCAAUGGACGGAAACUGACGAAAAGCCUCUCCGAGGCGGCGGAUCGAGUGCAGGAAAACGGAAUCGACGUGAUGCAGGACGAUGGAGGCCCCAAAACUCCAACCGAGCACGAGUUUCUUCAUCGAACACAGUCUGAAGAACCACCCAAGUCACCAUUUACCAUAACCUCACCGCCAUCCAAAUCACCGCUCAUGCAACAACAUUUCGAACUGCCGUCACGAACCUCGUCUCAGCUGAGCCACUCGGAAACAUCCCGCAGCGACAUUUAUCCGCCCGACACGGUACUAACCCAUUCUCGGAAUCACUCCCAGGACAGUGCGACUUCGUGCCGCUCAACUGAUGGAUCUCGAUCGUCCUACGAAACAAGUUCCUAUCCGUACGAAAUGUACGACAGCGUCGUCAUUCCGAGGAGGGGCAGCCACACUCUUUCGACCGAACCGUUCCAAGUGCUUCGCAGAGACAUCGAACAGGUUCACUAUCACGGUCACGAAAAUGGUUACGCAUUCGAAACACACAGUCUUCCGAGACGCGUCUGCAUCCAUCAUAAACCGGAAGAAUUUCAUACUCACACAUUGCCACGACGCGAUCAUCAUCCGCAUCACCAUCACGAGAUCAUCUUCAAGGAUCAGCUCAAGCUUCCUCCCCAGGAGCUUCUGAUCUCGAACGGUAGCGUUAACCAAGAUAUUCGUUCUUUCGACAGCCAAAGCCUCAAUAGGCGAAUGUCCGCCCACGUGACGGUACAUCAAGAGAAGCAAAGUCAACCACAACAACGAAGAGCUUCCUAUGCAUUCGUAGCUCCCGAAACCCACACUCUAACCCGAAGAAACUCCAUAACCCACCAACAGGUUCAAAAAGUACAACCAAUGGUCCAAGCGCAACAAUUUCAACAACCUCAGAAGCAACCCCAAGCUCAACCUCAACUCCAACAGCAAACGCAGCCACACUUUCAACCUCUAGUCAAACCUCAACCACCAAUUUUCUCCCAACCUUCACACCCACCGCCACCCUGUCCGAUAACUCCACCCAACAUUCAACCGGUGGACAUGCAGGACGACACAAAAUCGUCCUCCUCGUCGGAAAGUUGCUCUACGUGCGAUUCCGAUAGCGAAAAAGACGACAGAGAAGAGAAGGAAAUUUUCAUAGAUUUUAAGCCCCGAGUGUCCCCAGUGCCAUCCCCGAAUGCGGUAAAAAAGAAAAAGCUUCAAAAGACCCUUUCCGAGGGUGAAAUCCUGCUGGAUCGCAAAAAAACUCGUUCCGUGCCGGACGGUGGCAUCAGUGCCGUUUCGGCCAGUGAAGAACAUCUCAAAUCACAGCAGCAACCGGACACGAAUCUGCAGUUCAGCGAAACACCCAUCAAGGACGAGGGCAUCUUCAUCGGGAGCCCUCCGGCCGAUGUGGACCGCAAAAAGCAAUCCUUCCGUAAGCGAUCGGUUAGCUUGGACGCCCCGGCCGGCAGUGCGGAGGAGCACGAUGGCACGGCCGAGGAGAAGGGCCUACUGGAGGAGCUGGAGGCGGACGCGAAGGAAGACCGCAUGGCAACGGCACCGCCGUCUCCGUCGCGAGAGGAAAAACUCUCGAUCAAAUCGCACUCCUCGCCGUUCCACUCGUCCGAAUCGCUCGUGACCCGGGACAACUCGGACGGCAUCUGGAACGAGUCACAGACGACCAUUAUGACGCCAAGUAUUACCGAAAAUGGGAAGCUGACUCCGUCGUCCAAGCGAAAGCAUUUGCUACUGCAACAUCAACAGCGCAGUUCACUGGACACGGAUGCGCUGGAUAUGGAAGAUAUCGCCGAUCAGCCCCUGCCGCCUUUACCCGUAACCGUGGUGCCAUCAGCGUUGCAGAGCAUUUCAACUACGACACUAACGGCAAUCCCGGCUGCGGUUGUUCUUGCGCCACAGAUAACGUCAACCGCAAUGACGCCCAUCCCUGCUGCCCUUGCGAGUGGCGCAUCGACGACGGUGACGACCGGCAUCGUGAAGCCGACACCGACUAUAGCCGUCAUUCCGUCGCUCAGCAUGGAACGAGAGGAACGUGAGCUGCAGCAGCAAAAGACUGCCACCCUGAGGCGUCCCUCAAGGCCUCUGUCGCCUUCGAAACGACGGGGAAGCGAACAGAAGAAGCUCUCCAAGAUCGAACCACUUAUUCAUCGAUCCCCCGACAGCAACGAACGUAUCGUGCCUAUUCUGAAGGACCAAUCGCCCAUCAGUGACCCAACAACAAUUGCAGCAUCCCCGCAGCAGCCGCCUCCAGAUUUGAUAAAACCGGCAGCACCGACCCCCACUACCCACCCACUGCCAGCGGGCGUUAUGACCUCGGCCCGACCGCAUGCCGGCACCGGCCGCUUCGAGCAGGCCAAACUGAAGGGACUGGAUGACCGUGACCUGUUCGGAGACGGUGGCGCCGGAUCGGAGGGCAGCACGACCGAAGACUACGCUACCUGUACCGACAAUUCCAAGCGUACCGGUUCCGGCCAGACGACGACGGCAGCGGGCGGCCCAGCCAAAGGUAUAUUUAAAAGCACCCUCGUCAUUAGACCAACCACCACCACAACCACCACCAAACCAGUAACAGCCAACGUAACCCAGGAAGGCUCUUCGUUCGAGAGUGCCUCCUCACUGUACAGCCUGGCCCGGGUGGAUGCGAUCUGCGAAGACACCCCGCCGAUUGAGGAGAAAUCGACGGCGCCGCAGAUUCCUCCGCUGCCCCGGCCGUCGCCUGCGCACUCGGUCAGCAGCAGUUCCAGCGGGAGCUUUCAGAUGGCCAGCAAGAAGAGCUCCCCUUCACGUUCCACCAUGCCGAAAACACUGCCAGCUAAGCCAAAAAUCAAACCGGAAUCGAUUUCCGACGACGAACGGAGUGAAAAACGGUACUCUUCCUCGCACGAUGAGAAGGACCUCAAGGGUACGCUGGGCCGACCGACGCGGCGUGGACGCGAUUGGAACGAGGAAGAACGGCGAAGGAAAAAGAGUACCUUCAAGCUGGAGUUCGACAAGGAUUCACUCAAAACCUACACAACUCCGAUGCUGCGACAGGCAAGUCCAGGUUUCAAGAAACUUUCUCCGGAGGAUAAAAGCGCUUUGAGCAUUCUGGAUGGAACCAGUCCAAGCAGCAAACAGAAAAGAUUUCGGCCUAAAACAAGAAAAUCCCCACGAACACGAUCCGCUACGGGAGAUGAAGUCGUCGUCAGUACGCCGCUGCGCCGCAGCAAGACUCCCCUGAGCAGAAGUCCCGAGAAACCUCAAGCGUCGAUGCUGCCAACUCAAAUUGUGACACCCAAGCUGAGCCCCUCGCAGUAUUACUCGCAGCUUAAAAGUCCUCCGUCCGCCGGUUCGCCUCGCAAGCAGAAAAUUUCCCCCGAGAAGAGACUUAAAGCGAUCUCCACGGAGUCGCUUCGAUCGGUUUCCCCCGGAUCGGACUCCGUAUUUUACAGCGAAGGUGACGCUUUGUCUCAGUCCGAGCAGCAAAUCCACUGUCAUCACUGCGGAAAGGAGGUUGAAGUGGUGAGCAUUCCGGGUGAAUCGGAAGAAAGUAUGACGGCCCUCACGCUGGAUUCCACCGAUGGUGACAGGCCGGAUAUCGUUCAACCUCCGGAAGGGUUUGCCGAUUCACCGGAUUGCACCAAGACGCCACAUCAUACCCGACUAUACAAGAAGAUGGACAAGCGAUUUCGCUCCGAAGAUCGACAUGCCGAUCGACGGCAUUACAAACCGAGGCAGGAGUACAGAGCGAAGAGCGAAGAACGCGGCAAGGACGAUACGGAGCCAAACAACCUACGACCAGCAGGAUCUUCACCUUGUGUCGCGCCUGUAGUUCCGCACGGCGAUCACCAGGCCACCGCCGAACCGGAGCAAGGCAUCUACCAUGGUAACUACCGGGCGGGGCUAUGGAUCUGCAUCGCCGAUCGAGACGUGUGGCGACGACACGAUUUGCCCGGUGAAGGAAGCUUCGACAAGCCACCGCGAGAUUUGGCCGAACGACGUGGAUCGACCGAAUCGGAAAAAGAUUUCCGCAAGAAGUAUCAAGCCAUCACGCACCGUUUGGUACAUCGGAAGUCCUGCGUGGAAAUGUACCGUCGGCAGAAUACGAACAGUUUUGAAACGGAUAAAACUGUGGUGGUUUGCAGACAGUCGGGGGAGUUUGGAUUUAGAAUACACGGAUCGAAACCGGUGGUUGUUUCGGCGAUCGAGCCGGACACUCCGGCGGAAACUUCCGGGCUGGAGGUGGGAGAUAUUGUUCUUUCCGUCAAUGGAAUAUCAGUGAUCGAUAAGAGCCACUCGGAAGUGGUGAAAAUUGCUCACGCUGGAAGUGACACACUGGAACUGGAGGUGGCUCGUACGAUCGGAGUUCUUUCGCCGCUGGAAGACACCACGGCAAAUCCUGCGAUUUACUCUGGCUUUCUGUGGCGCCACUCGAACACGACACCGAACAAAUGGGUUCGACGGUGGUUCUCGCUACGGCCUGAUCACUGUUUGUAUUACUAUAAGUCUGAGUUGGAUAACCAACCAAUUGGUGCUAUUAUUUUGACGAACCACAAAGUGGAGCGACUUUCCAUGGAUGCCACUGGGCGUCCAUUUGCGUUUACCGUUAACACAGAGGAAGGAAACAAGGUCCAGCUGGCGGGAGAUACGGAUGAAGCUGCCAGCAGGUGGAUUGCCGUCAUCAGUCAUGCUGCUCAGCAGAGUGACCCUUGGCUGGAGAUUAGUGCACGCAACUUACGGCUGGCAGCUAGUACCGUUCACAAGCCGGACUGCGUUGGUCCCCUCACUAAGCUGGGAAGCAAGUGGCGUUCGUGGACCAAGCGGUACUGCGUACUGAAGGAUGCUGUGUUGUACUUCUAUCAUGACGCGGCUAGCAAGAGUGCAUUUGGAAUGGCCUGCUUGCAAGGUUACAGAGUUCAGCCUUCAUCUGCCGGGGGUAAAAAAUAUGCCUUCGAAAUCGUUCCACCGGAGCUGACUUUGAGGCAUUACUAUUUCCAUGCGGACACUGAAAUGGACAAGAAGCGCUGGGUUGCCGCCCUGGAGUACUCGAUAGAUCGCUGGAUGAAGGCCGGCUGA